AUGGCGUCCGACACCGACCCUGGCCGCCGCCGUCUUCCCACUCUCGUCCACUCCUGCCAGCGUGAAUUUGUUAGUCUUGGACAGGGCUGGCGGUAUGAUCUUAUUCGGCCGGUACUAGAAGGUUGCACACCCGACACCCUUCUCCGCUUCGAGCAGGAGGAUCCAGUGCGUCCCCCGUCCCCACCUCAGAUAUGGAAGGCCCACUUUGCGAAAGAGUUUCCUAUCUCGUUCCAACCUUACGUAUCCGAUGGAGUGGAAGAGCCCGAGUCAUGGCGGGACCAGUAUUACGCCGAACAAGAGCACGUACGCGAGAAGUUAGAGCAGAUUUCUCUGAAACUCAAAGCAUCUCGUCACGAAGAAGAGGUUCGUAAGAAAGAAUCUGGUAUCAAGGUCACCGAUCAACCCCCACCUACAAAGCGGGCCCGGACGUGGGGUACAGCGUAUCAGCCAAAGUCUCUUUUCCAACAGGUGAAAGGCGAGGCCCGCCGGGUCACAAAGGGUGUGUACUCCCAGAGUUUCACUCGCCCGGCGUUCCAAACCCAGAGGAUCGUAACCAAUACCGCAAGUGCCAAACCGCCUCCACCACCACCAUCAAGAUCGUCUGCGGGCUCUGCGAGCUCUUCAGGCCCUGCUAGCUGUGGUACUAGGGUUGUCGUGAGAACCAUUGCCGUGCCGCAGAAGGCGCCUGCGCCGAAGACUCCCGUGAAGACCCCAGCGUUGCUGCCGAAGAGAGUUCGACCGACUGCAGCGUCCCUUAGCGCUAUGUCUCCUCCAGCAAUGUCCCCUCCAGCAAAGUCUCUACCGGCCACACCUGCAGACGCAUCCUCUCCACCAGCAGAGUCAACUCGUGUCGGUACCUUGCAGCCGGAGCAACGUUCGCCGCCUGCCCGAAUGCCACCCAAGAAGAAUCCAGCGGCGUCGCUUUUCAUACCCAGGAGCAAAGCUUAUUCGCAAGUUCCACGCAGCCUCCAAUCCAAAUCGUAA